GCCAUAGCAACUUCUCUCCCAGCAGUAAACAAACUGCUAGCCCUCCCUAUGUGAUACAUAGAGUUCUAUUGCCAAACAUUGACACCCAUUCUAUUAGAACCUCAUGGAUCUCUCAGAGGGCAGUGAGACCCCUCUAAAGGAGAAAGUCAGACGACUGACAAAUGAAAAUGUGAGUUUAUUAUUUCAUUUACAAAGUAUUUAAUAUCACAGUAGAAUGUGUCACAAUAUUCAAUCCCAGGAGAUCCCUAUAGACUGUAAGCUCUUUUGAGCAGGGUCCUCUUCAACCUAUCGUUCCUGUAAGUUUUCUUGUAAUUGUCCUAUUUAUAGUUAAAUCCCCCCUAUCAUAAUAUUGUAAAGCGCUACGGAAUCUGUUGGCGCUAUAUAAAUGCCAAUAAUAAUAAUAAUAUCUGGAAAUGGUUAAUGAAAACUGUAAAUUAGAGAAACUGGUAGGGUACAAAUAACCCACAUUACAUAUAAACUAGUAACAAUACUGUGCUGUAUGGGGUACAUUAUAAUUGGCCCAGGGGGUACUUUUUAAUCAGUUUAGAACAUGUGAUAUAUAAUAUAGCUAUUUGGGUACUUGCAAAGGUGAAAUGGGAAUAUGAUGGAUACUUGGCUUGAAAUAUAUAUUAUAAGAGGUAACUGAUUAGGAAAAGUUUGAGAAAUGAUGCUAUAGAACAGGUGUAGGCAGCCAUUUACCAGCACUGCGCCAGAACAAGACUUUGACGUUCCUUGACGUGCUGGUUAAAUUUUUAUUUUUUUUCUAAAUUAAUGUUUGUUUAUGUUGCUGUUUACUGUGUGUGUUAUGUAUGAGCACUGCAGUUGCUUGAAGGGUUUUAUUUGUACGUACGUUUCCUGUGUUAUAUUGUGUAUGUGCAUGAUCAUUUUGUGUUAUUGUGUGUAUUUAUGAAAGCGGGCUGUGUAUCAUGUUAUGUGUGUAAAUAGGGCCUGUGUUUGGGGGGGGGGUUGUAUGUGGGAUUGUGUGCAAUGUGUAUGUGUAUGUGUUGCGGCUGCUUCUGUAGUGCGUUUAAACUGUUGCUUGUGGAGUUGUGUGUUUGUAUGUGGGUUGUCAGUGGCAUUGUGUUUGAGGGGGCUUUGUGUGUGCUUGUGUGUGGACUGUUUGUAGUAUUUUUACACAAAGAUAAAGCACCGCGCUUACUGCAGCAGUAGCUUAGUAUCUAACAGCUCAAAAUACAUAGUAAAAACAAAGAGAACGUUACCUGCGCUCUGGCAUUUAAACAAAAUGGAGGCUGUUUAGUAGGGAUCGACCGAUACUGAUUUUUUUAGUAGCGAUAAUCUGUAAACUUUAAGGCCGAUAGCCAAUAACGUACCGAUACUGAUAUUCUGUACAUUUACCGUUUUGAAAAAAUAAACAUUUUAUACACAAAUCUACUGUUAACUGAACAUGUUUGUUUAUUUUUUUGCAAAUCUUUUUUUAUUAAGGUAAAUGCACAAAAUAUAUAUGCCAGUCAGAAUUUUUUUAUGUUUUCAAGAAUAUAUGUGUGUGUAGUCGAUGCAGUGAGAGCAUUUGAUUAGUGAAUGCAGUGUGUGUGUGUUUGUGUAGUGGAUGCAGUGUGUGUGUUUGUGUAGUGGAUGCAGUGUGUGUGUAUAGUGAAUGCAGUGUGUGAUUGUGUAGUGUGUAUAUAAUGAAUGCAAUGUGUGUGUGUGUUUGUGUAGUGUGUGUAAAGUGAAUGCAUUGUGUAUAUAAUGAAUGCAGUGUGUGUUUGUGUAGUGUGUAUAUAAUGAAUGCAGUGUGUUUGUGUAGUGUAUAUAAUGAAUGCAGUGUGUUUGUGUAGUGUGUGUAUAUAAUGAUUGCAGACAGUGUGUGUGUGUGUAUAUCAUGAAUGCAGUGUGUUUGUGUAGUGUGUAUAUAACGAAUACAGUGUGUUUGUGUAGUGUGUGUGUAUAUAACAAAUGCAGUGUGUGUUUGUGUAAUGUGUAUAUCAUGAAUGCAAAGUGUGUGUGUGUAUAGUAAAUGCAUGAGUGUUUGUGUAGGUAUGUAAUGUGUGUAAAAUGCUUGGGGGGGGCAUUUUACUUUUUUUAAAUUAAAAAAGGGGUGAUACGGCAUUUCCUGGUGUUCCGGGGUCAUGGACUCUGCAGAGGGGGCCCAGCAACACUCUUACGUCCCUUCCCAGCAGCUCCUUGUCUAACUCUCGCGGCCUGUGUGCGGCACGGAGUGUUGCCAUGGUAACCCGUGGCAACUCACUGACGGCCGCGGGACUCACGAGAUUUAGACAGGGGAGCUGCUGGGAAGGGAAAUAAGAGUGUGCCGCGGGCCCCCCAGGACGGACGGACGGGCUCAUGACAACCGUCUUAGUUGUCAUGCCCUGAUGGCGACCCUGGUCUGCAUUAUCCGCAAUAUCGUUAUCUUUAGGGGCCGAUACCGAUAUUGCUGAAAAUUCAGAAUAUCGGCCGAUAAUAUCAACGAAAGACUAAUAAUCUGUCGAUCCCCACUCUUUAGUUUUUUUCCAAUAGUCAUUUGAAUAUAAGCUCACCUGCCACGUCAAGGCAAGCCCCAAUAGGUAAUUCCUACACUAGCCAUUAGAUUUGCUGUUAUCAGCCAAGAAUCUCCCAUAAAACAGGAAGAGGUAUUUUAUAAACCCUUUUACAUUUAACCCUUUAUAGGGCUUCUACACAUACAAUAAAUUUUGCUGGUAUCAGACAAAGUGUAAACAUCUCUAAUGAGACAUGAAGGGGUAUUUUAUAAACCCCUACAUACUUAUUAACCCUAAAUAGGGCUAUAACACAUACAAAUCACCUUGGUGGUAUCAGCUAGAAGGCACAUUUCUCUGUUGAGACAGGAAGGGGUGCUGCCCUUACAUACUUAUAAACUCUUAAUAAGACAAACAUGGGGUGGCUGGCAGCAAUGUAACAUAGCUGUGUGAUACAAAUAUCAUACAGUAUACAAACACAAAGAUUAAGCACCGCGCUUGCAGUAGCUUAGUAUCCAACAGCUUAAAGUACAUAGUAAAAACAAAGAGCACCACUUCCUGUCUCAACAGAGAAAUUUGCCUUUUGGCUGAUACCAGCAAGGUGAUUUGUAUGUGUUAUAGUCCUAUUCAGGGUUAAUAAGUAUGGAGGGGUUUAUAAAACACCCCUUCAUGUCUCCUUAGAGAUGUUUACACUUUAUCUGAUACCAGCAAAGUUUAUUGGAUGUGUAGAAGCCCUAUAAAGGGUCAAAUGUGAAAGGGUUUAUAAAAUACCCCUUCCCGUCUCACUGGACAUUCUUGGCUGAUAUCAGCAUAUCUAAUGGCUAGUGUAGGACUCACCUAUUGAGGCUUGCCUUGACGUGGCAGGUGAGCUUAUAUUUAACUGGGCAUUGGAAUAAAACUAGAGAGCCUCCAUUUUGUUUAAAUGUACAUAGGGAUUUAGGCCAGAGCGCAGGUAACGUUCUCUUUGUUUUUACUAUGUUUGUAGUAUUUGCCUGUGGAGAAGCUACUUUACAGCUGUGUGUGUGUAUGUCUGUCUGUGUGGGUGACUUGCCAGCGAUUCAGUGGGGGCUGACUGGCCAGAUACAGGUCAGGGACAGAGUCUGUGGUGGCCGCUGCGGGCUACUUUCAUCCGGAGCAAAUGUCCGUUCUCAAGCGCUGGGAGGAAAUGACCUGAGAUCUUCACAUCUCCCCAGCUUGCUUGACCUGCCUAGCGAUCUUGUGAGCCAUAGGUUGCUGACCCCUGUUUAGCACAAGAGAGCACAUUUGUUAUAUUUGGUUUAUAAUCUGAAAAUUCCCAAAACAAAAUGUGAUUUUACCAGUACAGGUUCUCAAUAACCCCUUGUUCUAUCUUCUUCAGCAGAAUUGGGAGCUGUUAUUUUGUUGUAAGAAGUAGUUUUUAAGGUUUAGCAUGAUUGUGACCUGUUGUGCUCUUCUGUGAGCGUGGCCUUAUAUGUGUGUAGUAUGUGACUUUGUUUAUCAUGGUGCGCAGAGUUUGUGUGACCAAGGUCUAUACAAGGCUGAUUUUCACUCAGGCCAAGUAGGCGUUAAAACAAAUAUGCAGGCUAGCAGGCCUAGACACUAAAGAUAUGGUUAAAAAAUUCUAUCUGCACUGGCACAGGAAGGGUCCAGGGAUUUCAACAAUUAGGGACUGGUCGAGUUAAGCACAAUAUACCAGGGUAAGAUACUGCAUCUGAUAGCAGCUUUACUGGGAUACAGGUGACUGUGAGCCCACAAUAGUCAUACUAUCACCCCCAUUCUGGCAGGGGUGAGUGGGCUCAUUAUAUGCGCUUGAAGGACCUGAUACAAUUUUAGGCUGGUGUAGUACAUCUCUGGUACCAUUCCUAAGGGCAAGUAAAGGUUAUCUAGUGCAUCACUAGUAGCUUUGUUCCUUCUAGGGCCAUUUUCAGGCUGGUAAGAACAUCUGUAAUACCUCUCCCAUUCUAGGUGCAGUUACUGGACCGUAAUGAGAGACUCUACGCAAAGCUCAACGAAUUGCAGGAGAAGAUGGGAAAACUCGCUGGCUCCAAGACAGAUCUCUCAUCCAAACUGGUCUUCAGCGAGGAGGAAAAGCUGAAGGUAAGGGAGCUUGUCCUAUUCUUGCACCCAAAAAAUAAACACAUGUCUGGUUCUAGUAUUAAUGGGAAUAUCUGCAGAUUAUAAAACAAUUUCACCAACAUCAAUUUUACUGGCAAGUUUGGAGACACUUUGGAGACACUUACUUAUUUUAAAAUUACUUGAAUUUAAGUGAUUUUGUUCUUUUUAUCCAUUUAUAAAUUAAUCACAGCUUGACUGUAUUAACUGAACAGCAAGCAUCCAAUGAACUUGCAAAGUAGUCAAGUUGGGCAAUAUCACCAAAGUUCCAGAUUUUAUAACAGCUCUGCUAUUUUUUGUGGACCUAUUAGAAUUCACAAUUCAGUAAAUAAAUCCUCUAGUCUCCUGCGGAAUUCAGUCCCAAAGCUACUGUUCUUGAUAUUCAGUUCUCUUACGUUGUUGUAAAAGGGACACGUCCCAGGAUUCUUAAUAUUAUGUUUAAUUAUCUCCUAUGUCUAUCACAAAUGUGUUUGCAAGUGAAAAAUAAAAUUAAUAAAUGAAGAAAUCCAUGCCUCUGUAUAUACUUCUAUCCUGGAACUGACUGCCUCCAUCUUGACUCCCUGUCAGACAUUGUUGUAAACUCUGCUGAUUUCUGUUAUUGAAUGUCUGGAGGUGAAGAAUCAGAAACAAUGUUUCUAUUUCUCCUUCAAUACAAUGUGUGCCUUGACUGUGCCAGGACUGAACUGGAUUGUGAUUUGAAUUAGUUUAUCUUCAACAUACAUUUAAAAUAAAAGGAAGCAUUACGUGAAAUGGAUAACAGAAGUUACAGAUGAUUUUUUGUGUUUUAGUUCAUGAUGUAAUUUCCAUAGGAGUUAGUAGCCUGAUUGUGUUCUUACAAUGUCCUGUUCUGCUAACUCACAUAUGCCAUCCUUUGCAGAUCUCUAAAGAACUAAUUGAGCUUCAGAUUGAGACAAACAACAUCAGAGAACACUAUGAGGCGGAGACGUUUGAACUGAAGAACACGGUAUGGAAAGAGAAGUCACUGGUUGGUUCACACCACCCGACACACGUAGUAGCGAUGCCGAGAACUGAUUGGAUAUGGAAUCCUAGAUGGGUUACCUUGUUCACUCCUUCCCAUCGUUAAACUGUGACACUAAACACCACAAAAUCAUUUAAAAAUUUACAAUUGUUCAUCCUGUGAAAUAUGAAGACAUAGAGAAGUCAUAGUCAGCCUUUCGCACCCUGAUUGUUGUGCAAUGUGUUUUCUGUGACUUUUAGCCAGAUGGGAACAUAAAUUAUGCUUUUUAUUGCUAUAUAAUUUUAUAUUCAGCACAUUUUGGAAAUAAACUACAAACAUUGGCAUUAAAAAAUCACCAACAGUUUUAUAUAGCAUCCAAAUAGUAGGGAUAUCAAAUAAAAUAUACAAUGAAAUAAAUAAAAGAGAAAAUGGACAUGGAUGCUUUAAUAAAAAUACCAUGUAAUAAUUAGCAAAUUGAUGUUUAGAUGUGUUUUAGAAAUGGGUACAUAACAUGACAAGUCAGUUAACAAUUCUACUCAGCAACAUCACAUUUUAAGGAUGUUUCAGUAAAAAUCUCACAAUCACAGUACUGUAUUAUAAAAGGUUUUUUAAGUCUUCAAACAAACCUCUUUGGAGAUAGCAAAAUUGAUCACCCUCCAACUUCUCCUCCUCAGAUCUUGACUCUAGAGAACAGGUUGAUGUCCACAGAGCUAAGCAAGGAGAAGUUAAACGGGGAACAUGAGACAUUGAAAGAACGUCUGCGUUCAGUGGAGACCAACCGCAAAGAACUCGCUGAUGAAUACAUUGUUUUAAAGAGUAACUACCUAGCGCUGAGCAAAGAACAUGAAAGAGAGGUGAGUAGACCAUCUCUAUAAGAUACCAUUCUGGGUUACGAAGGAUAGAGAGGUCUCGUGGGCAGGUUCCUGGUUCUAUUAUUUUUACUAAAAUAGACUUGUGUUGAAUAUGAAACUUCCAACUUAUAUUGAUGAUGAUUAUUCGGUUCCUGGCACCAGCUUACCUUAAAGGGUUAAAUUGUUAUCUCUGCCCCCGAACUUCGGUUGCAGUCCAAGGUUUCAAACAGGAAGCCUCAUAUAGGGACGCUAACGCUCUAAGCCAAUCAGCGGAUCCUCUGUCCAAGGCUUUCUGUUUGAAGCCUCAGACUGCAACCAAAGUUUGAGGGCAGAUCUAACUGACACUGGACAGAAGACUUUGAGGUUAAACCAUUUGUUAACAGUCUAAACCCUCAAGGUAAGCUGGAGUCAAGGACCUCCUGGCACCAGAAAUACUUAAUUCCUUCAAUACAACAUUACCCUAUACUUAGGUGGCAAAGAACGAUGAAUUGAGCAUAGAACUUCUUAACUUGGCCAACAAUCGAAGACAUGAAGACACCCUUAACCAGUCACGGGCUCUGGUCAAUGAGGCUACUGCAGAGCUGGACAGAGUGCGAGACAUGGUUAAUCGUUUCUCUGCGCGCAGGAUCAAGGUAGGUGGCAUUGUUACUUAAGGUUCAUUUUUUUGCGAUUACUAAACUAUUCAGCAGCAAAUUACCCCAUAUUCCAUUGUUUUUUGUGUAAGCAGCUUCUUAUUCACUAACCAAAUCCUGGUUUCCUCAGAACUCUGGAAUCCUGCAAAUCUCUGACCUGAAUUUUAUAUCUCAGCAGCAGGUUUCUACUAUAUAUGAAAAUAUGUACAGUUUCCAUAUUUAAAUAUAUCUCAAGUACUUCUGCCCCACGAUCACUCAUUUUAUUCCAUUGCUUUUUUUUGCAUUUUAGGCUUGUCUAUAAUGUUAGAUCAUUAAACUGGCAGCUGUAUUCACUUUAUAAUGGAAGAUACAUCAUAAAAAUGAUUAAAUAUAGUGAGGGCUUGCUGCAGACAUUUCUGUCAUUAAGAAGUAUUGUCUAUUUAAUGAUGUUAAGCAUUAAAAAAAUAAAUGUCGCUGUGUGCCAGAGGCAAAGGGAUUGUUAAUAUGUAUUGUGCGAAAUCAAGUAAUCUUUCUUCCUCCUGAUCUUUUAGCCAGAAGAGCUAGUGGCUUCGGAACAUGAAAGAAGAAAAUUGGAGAGAAAUGUGAGAUGUGUUCAUAUUGAGAUACUCUGUUCUGUCAUCUUUUGGAUAAUUCAGCAAACUCAGGAAUCUGUUUAGUAAACUGUAAUUUUAGCAAAUUGUGAUCCAGGUUAAAACAGUUAACUGGGAUAAAGUGUAUAUAUAUAUAUAGCUUAAAUAUUACAAGUCAAUACACAACAACUGACCGUUUAUAUAAUAAAAAUACAUAUAAUUUGUUUUAUAUUUGACAACUAAUAUACAUAAUAGAGAUCUACCUAAUCACGGCCUUGACUUAAAAUAGGUUUACGUUAAAAUAUCAAAAAUAUAUAUAAAAGUAAUGAAUAGUCCUGAUCAAGUUAUUUAAUAAAUGGAAAUUCCACUACCUAAAUAAAACUAAAUAGAAAUCACUAUUUAGUAGAUAUAACCCAAAUAAAAAUUUGCAUGCAUAUAAUUAGGCAUUUUUCCACUGGGGGUGAUUUCUAAAAGCAGCUUGCAAAAUCUGCAAUUCUCUUGUCUGUUGCCUUUGCAAGCCCACCCCUUCUAACCCCGCCCAGACUUUUUGUGGCUGUCCAAUCACAGACUUCCCAAUGUAGCUUAUUCAGAAGUCUUUGCAAGGCAGGUGCCCUGAGCAAUUGUUACCUCCUGAGUUUAUCUCCACAGAUCUAACAAAACCAGGAAUUAACAUGUUCUGUUAUCUGUAACCAGGCUAAUUUAUAAAAGUAUCAAUUGCUAUGGAAAUCUCCACUUUUUUUCAAAAUAAAAAAAUAGGACACACUAUUCACACAUAAAGCUUUUCAGCAAGCCAAAGUGCUUUAGGGGUCAUGAAUGUAUUUUUUUAACUAAAUUUCAAUUUAAAAUCAAGGAAACCACAUGCACAGGUUUUCUCAGGUACACAGUCAUCAUGCCAUUCCCAUUACAGAACUGCAUGUUAUUCGCCACAUAUCACUAAUGCAGAGUCAAAUUCCAUCUCCUGCUGGUAGUCACAGAACAUCCCCUACUUAUUAUGUUAAAUACUAAUAGAAUAUAUUGCUGUAACAUCUCAUGAGAAAGGCAUUGCUUAUGUUUGUUCUUCAAUAAGAGAUUCAAAACACAACAGUGUCGAUUUGUGUCAUUGUAGCUUCUCGGGAACCAAGAUCACAUCAGAGAGGAGAUCGAGAGUAUGAAAAAGAUCCACGACACUCAACAGCAGAAACUGGAAGAGCGAGUGUAAGCUCUUUGCACAAAAAAAUACUGUCAUUAGCAUGUUUUAAAGAGAGUGUAUGUAUGCUGGGUGCUGAUUAAUACGGUAAAGGAAGGUUUUCGUGAUGUAAUAAGGUCACUUAAAAAAAGAAACAAAAACAUAUAGGUUUUACUUACUAAACUGGAAAUUGGGGAGAAUUUACCUGAGAAUUGAAAGUUCUAUACAAAUCGGAAACAUUUUCUAACACUGUUAUUUUAUUCCAAUUUGGAUGUUUUGUCUAAAAUCUGCAAUUAUCUGGCAACUUCUUCAAAAUUCCCAGUUUAGAGACCAAAAAACCACAACAUAUUUCCAAGUUGAAAAAAACAGGUUUAUAGAGAGCGCAAAAGAAUAUCAGUAAAAUAGUGGAUUUUCUAAGCAGGUGCUUCAAAUUAUGAUUAUCCACAAGAAAAAGUUAAUACAAAGCUGCCAGAUACACUAAAAACCUUCCCAAGUUUUAAAACACCAUGUGCGACAUAAAUUGAAAUAAAAACAGUAUCGUGUUUCUGGCGGGAUUUUUGAAUUUGGAGAGACUGCAGUAAGACUGGUUAGUUGGCGUCUCAGUGAGGAUCGAUCCGAGUGCACAGGACCGGUCUGGAAUUAACACCCACGGAGCGGUAACUUUAUAUUCACCAACCAAUAUUCUGCAUUUCUACGCUUUUAUUGUGAACCUUAGAAAUAAGUUUCACCACUUUUAAUUGUAAGAGUUCCUCUUAUGGGAGGAUUACCGUAUGGGAAAUAAAGUAUUGUAACUGUAUCACGCUAUGUUAGUAUCUUUUUGAUUAAAGGUUGGAUACAUAUAAAGACAAAGUCUUUUUACAUCAAUUACUGUUACAACUAUCAAAUCCCUGCGGACAUUUGAAAACACCCCAUGAAGAUUGAAACUGGGACUCUUUAUUUAAUUUAUUCAAUAUAUUUUUGUUGUUGACCCAUAUACAAAAAAUAGGGGUAUAUUAACUAAGCGCUGAUACUGUUUUUAUUUCAUAUUUCCAAGUUGACCAUAGCCUCAAAAGGACACAGGUCUGUGAAUUAAAGUGGAAAUCGUGUCCUUUUACUGACCUCUAAAAUUAAAAAUGCUUUUAAUCUUUCAACUUUAGCUAUUUAUAGUGAUAUAAUCUGCUGAUGGUUUAUUAGUAAAAUUACUAAAAUAGCAUCCAUUUGCCAUAAAACGCUACUCCAAGCACCAUGUUUUGAAGUGGUCAUGGUGCAAUGAGAGUUCUAAGCUGGAUAAUUAAAAUUUGGUGCAUAUUCUUUGCACAGAUGCCUAUUCAUUGACCAAGAUCUCUCAGCUGACUCCAAUGAAGAAGCAUCAGGAUUUGCAUCCGGCUUCUGCAGAAGCCAGACGAGGUUCAGCUGUCAUCCAGGGACCCUUGGCACUCGGCAUGACCGAAGUAAGAGGCAAACUGUUGCAAAACAGUUUGCCCCAUUACUGGGGAAGAAUGUCAAGUUAGUCUUGGCAUCAUAACCACUACAGCAGGCGUAAAUGUUUAAAUGUAAAGAGAAGAAAAUAGGAGGAGAAGCUGUGAGCCACGAUAGUAAAUCUCAUUUCAAAAUUCUGAAAGUGGAGAAUUUCAGACGGAACAAUUCAGUUUGCAAUAGUGACUUCUCUUCUUCUAGCACUUUACCCCAUAAUAACUCUUUAUUGGAUAGAACCUACAUACCUCACAUUAUGAGUUGUAAAAGUAGCUCUGUGCACGGAUAUGAACUGAGUAUCUGCAGUAUAUUUGUGAUAACGAUGGACUAUCCACAGGGUCGCAAUGGGUAAAGAGCUCCAGGAGGCAAAAAGAGCCAUUCGCAACACCCAGCACAAGAUUGCUGAGCAAUCGGCGGUAAGUGUGAUCCCUUGUCCACCAAUCAGCCUUUCUGAUAUAUUACUAGAUAAUCAUAAAGCGCACUCUCUCCCUAGCCUGCAAAAUUAGUCAUUCAUAAAGAUAAAAUAUUUCUGAAAUACUUAUACUGACAUUCCAAGCCUGACAUGUCACUGAAAUCCUAACCCAGUCAAAAGAAAUACUGAGACAAAGUAUUGACUACUAUGUCUCAAUUUAUUUCCUACACCUGACACUUAGAGACACUGGGUGGAGCUACCGCUGUCUAGAAGUGUCAAUAUCCCAGCUGUGAUAUUAGCUGUAUCUAUGGAGUGUCUUGCAGGACCCUCCAUAGACCUCAGUGCUGUGGCAUUAACUCCUGGCGGUGAAACAUAAGGAGCAGAAAUGGACCGGCUGGAAGAAGAUGGCGCCUUUGAGGACAGGUUGAAGUAAGUAAAUCUCACCUUUCCUUGCCCCCUUCCCCCCGGCAACCGGACCACCAGUGGUGAUGUCACAGUUGGGGGUCUUUGCAAUUUAUCCCCAGAUGGUGAAAGUGGCGCUUUAAGUGACUUAGCAGCAGAGCCCAAUAGAAAUCACACCAGUAGAAGAACUCAGUGAGCCCCAAAUUCCUGAUUUUGGGUGCUUUCUAAAUUCUACAGAUAGGUCCUCCUCACCAAGACUAUGAACACAUCUGGACUUGACCACGUGGUACAAUUCUUUUAGGUUCUUCUGACAUCGCAAAGCCAGUUAAAAGAAGUUGAAGCAGAGAAUUCCCGUCUGCAACUAAAUCUAAAAGAACUAAACGAGGAAUAUCGCUCCCGGCUCAACCGAUAUAUCCAGGAUCUUGCGGUAAGUGGAAAUGGCCAAUUACCCGCAUGCCAGACAUCUGGUUUUAUGGGGUACCUGUCUGUUAAUGAACUUCUUUCUUUUGGUUUGGUUGUACAUCUCAGUCCACAGAUGACUUCAGUGAUGGCUCCUCUUCUGUGAGUUAUUAAACUUGCUUUCCUUGUAGGAUUAUGUGGAUGGGACAUUGAGGGCAGGAGGGUCCAACAGACCCCAAGUGGACCCAGUGCGAAUGAAGCAGUAUGUCGACAGUAUGUUUAGUGAUAUCAAAACCUCUCACCGUUCCAGAGAAGAGCAGCUUGCUACGGCAGCACGCCAGUACAAGAAACGUAUGCAGAACCUAGUGAAGAAACACGAAAGCCUGCUUAUUGCAUAUCGGUGAGAAACUCAUAUGAUGCCAAAGCCUAAAAAGCUUAACUGUGACAUGUCUUCAGCCACAAAGUCAUAAAAAUGCCCUGAAAGGUUUCAUGAAUGAUUGUUAGAGUGCUAUUCGUAGAAAUCUCACCCUGUAUUGAUGAAAAUGUAAUUUGCUUUCUCAGCAUGCAACGAGAGCAGAUCCUGAGUCUGGCAAACCAUGAUGUUGAUCCAGGACCUCCUGAACAUCACUUCUCCAUCACCGACCCGGAGCUACUAUCUCAGUCAUCUUUAGAGCUCAACCGACUGCGUGAGGACAAGGCUAGACUGGAGGCAAAAAUCCAGGAGCUAAAAGAGAAGGUCUGAGCUACUGAAAGGGAAUUCCUGGAAAAAUCAUAUUAGUAACUUGUAAAUUGUUUUAACUGGUACAAACAAAUCAAUUUCAUUUUACUCUAAACUCAAACAAAUCAAUCCCUCUGGGAUUUACCUGUAGAGGCUUAUUCAUUGAACGAGACUCCAUAGCUAAAUCCUGAAUGGAUCGAUUUGUUCCGCCUAGAUCACUAGUAAUGACCAGCUGUAAAGACCACAUGCGCAAGUCUAUUAUCACCAUGUCCUAUAAUUGGUUUAGAACGAAACAGUGUCUCUCAUCCACCAGUUGUAAUCUGAGCUAAGGAAGGAAGCAGCUUGUAACUUAAAAAGCGAGUGAUGCUUUUUGUGAAUAACAAAAUAUAGAAACUGGGGUUUCUGCAAAAUAAAUACAAAUAAGUUAUUUGUAAAACUUAGAGGCUCUAUGUUCUAAACUUGAUCAUUUAAAUGUCAUGUUGAUUUUGCUUUCAAACUACGUGUCUCUAAAUCUAAUCUCUAUCUCGAAUUUGUGCAGAAAAGUUUGAAUGAAAGUACACUCACAUCUAAACAGUAAGUAUCAAAAUUCUAAAACAGUUAGAAAAAGAUUUAGUCACUCAAUGAUCAUAUUGUGCAAACUAUAACUAUAUAUCUUUACUAUGAUCUAUCAUUUGUGUUUUUUUUCCUCUUAAUUCUAAAUUAUUAUUUUUUUUUUUAAGUAAUGUGCCCUGCUUUUAAAUUAUUAUCAUGUAAAUGUAUGUAGUCUUUUACCUUAUGGAUUUUGUUUCUUAACCCCUUAAGGACACAGGACAUGUGUGACAUGUCAUGAUUCCCUUUUAUUCCAAAGUUUGGUCCUUAAGGGGUUAAGUCUAAGGUUUAGAUAGAAUGUUAGUAUUCUUCUAGAACUCAAGAACAUGUCCUUCACCUUGCAAAUCAUUACGUUCACCUCGACUGUAGGUUGAUCUCAGAAUAACUUCUACCAUUAGUCGAGUUUCACAGUAUUAGCAACAAAUGUGAAUUUUAUUGCAAGAUAAACCAGUCUUUAUUUUUACAGAAUAACUUAAAAAUAGAAAAUAUUAGGGAAAAAGUAGCACAUACAUAGAAAUGAGAAAUUAGGAGGAAAACUUUAUUGUCGAACAAAUAUAAAACACAAAAACCAACACUGACCCAUUUUGGAUAGUAGGUGCAGGUAUCAUAGCUAAGAUGAUGUAACCACACACUCUAAGUAAUAGUAUUUUAUAAAGAAAUACAAUCAAUGGGAAAAGUGACCCCUGCGGAUAUCAGACAUUUCCUCCUAGCCCUUCUCUGGAUGGAAUCCAUGCUGAUAAAUGGUCAUAUCUGGCCAUGAUUGAAUAGCUUGCUGCCUGAUUUCCAUGAGUCCCAGAUUGCUGUCAGCCUGUGCUUGUGUAGAAUGUAUUUACCAGGGAUCUGAAAUACUUUACAGUUAUGAAUGGCAGUACCGUGAUUGUGAGAGAUGAUAAUAUAGUUCAUAUUUCUGUUUUUUUUUCUACCUAGCCCCGGCCAGCUUAAUGAAGAGAGCUGGGCCGAGAUCAGGAAACAGCUGCGUGAAUUCACUCACAAUACUCAGGUGUGUACAGAUCUCUCCUGACUUUUGACUGUUUCAGGUACAAAGUAGACUUGUCCGCAAAUGAGUCUCAGCUGCAACAAACGAAACAAACCGUAUGGGUUUACCUGUGGAAUCUUUUUAAUCGAAUCGGAUUGAUUCGUUUGGGCACAGACUUAAAGGCAUUUUAAUUAUUUGUCCCAGCUAAAUUUAUUUGUGUCUAGUCUAGGACAAAAAUCAUUGCAUUAACAAGUAUUUUAUUAAAUACAUAUUCCGAGUUUUCAAUGAGUAAAUGGACAAAAGCUGUAUUCAGCCCUAAAUUGUGUAGUCUUUACAAGCAUCCCUCCAUUCAUCAUUUAAUGUGUAAGAGAAGGGAUGUCUAACUAGAUCCACGUUUAAUCUAAGUCACAGUUAUUAAGCAUAGAGGAUACAUCUGAUGGUUAAAAUUAGAUGACGUGGUGCAGUCACUGAACGAGAAUGAGUUAUUCCCUAAACUGAGAAUGGUGUGUAGCUGAUGAGUACAAUCAUUGUUGAGAUAUUUCCAAUCUAACUACUAUGGUAAAAUGUGCAAUCCCCUUUUCAAUUCUCCACUGUAGCUUGGUUACAUGAAAAUAGGAUUUAUCUACUGUUAGUAUAAUUAUAAAUUGAUUUAUUUAAAUAAUAUUUCAGGUGAUAGUUUAAGAUAGCAUUUAUUGUAAUUCAUUUUUGUUUACGCUCCCAAACACACGAGGGGUUUGGUUUGUCACGUUAUCACAGGGCUUGCUCCACCAAACAUUUUUGACUUGUGCAUAGCUUACAGAGCAGCUUAACACCAUCAGUGUCAGUGGGGGAGAAUAUAAAGGGUAGAUAGUCAUUAACACUUUCAUUACCAGAGACAGUGCAUUAUACUGUACCCCCAGGUGACGUAUUGUCAGACCUGGUUCUCUCUGGUAAAAAUGAAAUAUGAAGUAACUUAUGUUAAAAAUGUUGCCUUUUUUCCCAAAAGGAGGAUCUGGAGAGGGAGAGGAGUCAGCUACUGUCCCGAGCAGUGGUAGCAGAAGAGCAGGUGGCUGAGCUACAGGAGUAUGUAGACAAACACCUUGGAAGGUAAGUGGAACUGACCACUAGGAGAGCCAGUCAACACACGUUUUUUGUUUAGCUGCGGACUAGGUUAGCUUUCUAUAAAAAAAAUAGAUGACAAUAAAUGGAAGAUAUUAUAUCUCAAUUUUCAGUGGGAGAACAGGGCGAUUUUUUGCAGAACUACACUAUAUUCUGCUUUUGCAAAUAGUUUGGCUUAGCAUAGUGGGAGUUUUCAAAAUCAUCUCUUUUCCCAACAGGUACAAACAAGAGAUAAUGCGUCUGCGGAAACUGCUGGGUAACGAGGGCCCAAGAGCUUUCAGCGCUGACAAUUCUCAUUCACUGCUACUGCGAACUACAAAGAGAAACAGCCAUGAAAUGUGAGCUUGACCUCUGCUGGUUGAAACUGGUACUGCAGAGUGGACCGGCUACCUUUAUAAAAGGACUGAUACUAUAGCUUUAACAUGUGGCUAACACAGAUUGACAGCUGAGAUAUUCUCACUUCCUCCUUUAAUUAACAGUCCAGCCUCGUAUCAUUUACCAACAAAAAAGUUACUGUGCACAUCAAACAAAAACAACUUAUUUUACAGCAUUUUUUUAAACAGGAAAUUACAUACUGUGUAAAUACGGGCUUAUUUUAUACCUGAGAUUAUUUGUCCUGACUGAAAUGCUUCUAUUGCACAAAAUAGGGUCUUUAAUAUUUAAGUGUGCAAAUGUACAUUUCUUUAACAAUUUCAAAGCACAUUUCAUAAUUUGUAGAACAGAUAAAAGUUGUGAAUUGUCACGUAUUUCAGGUUUAAUGUAAAUUAAAAAGUUAAUUGGGGUUGCAUUUCAAAUGUUAGGCUAAGAUAGCCAAAGUAAAAAAUAUUCUAAUCAAAUAUGUUAUUUUUCUGUGGUCUAAAAUGAGAAAUUUAAUUUCAAUUUCCAGCAACUCACAAUUUUAAACACUUUUUUUUUUAUAAUAAACGUCAUAUUUUUUUCUA